AUGUCUGGACUUCUCAAAGCUGCCAAAAAGAAAGCCAACACUGUCAGUCAAGCUGUCAACUGGAAGAAGGUGGAUGAAGAAAAACAUGCCUAUCACUACAAGUUGCAUCGUGAUGUUGUCGCUGCAGAGCUUGCUCAAGCUGAGGAUGGUUUGCUCCAAGCAGGCACUGACUUGCUCACCAACAGCAGUCCUAUUGACAAUCUCACUCUCAGUGCCAGUGCUUCUGUUGCAGGUGCUAUUGCUGCCAUGUCUGCUAUUGCUGAGCAGGCUACCCAUGGUGGAGAAGUCAACAAGGAAGCAGAGGAUGAAGGGGAUCCUACAACUGUGACCAUGGCACCUAGCACUGGCCCUGCAAUGAAGGUUGUCAAUGUCAUGCACAAGAAGAAACAGGUCAAGCUUACUGUGGCUGAGAAGAAGGAGUUGGAGCACCUUGCAGCUAUUAGCUACAAGGCAACUGCUGGCUGCAUUCUUUGCUGUCACCUUUGCGACACUACUGUUGACUGCCUCAAUGGAGGGGGCAAUGUCUGCAUUGCUAUGACCCAUGUCAUGCUGUGGAUGUGCUCAUCCUGCUUCCAGGCCUUCGGCAAUUCUUGUACAACUCACAAGGCUCAGAAGAUAGCUUGCAGCCUGUUCUGGCUUCUCCUCCUUGUUGAUUCACCUACAAUGUGGUGUGGUGUUGAGGAUAGGGUCAUGAUCACCCUAUCCUCAUAUUAUACACUGCAUGAGGUCACUACUGUACAGUUUUGUCAAAUCAACUUCAAUAUGGAAAGUCACAGUAACAACCCUCCUACUUGUUGUGGCACAGGUGAUCAUCACCCUAACCUCAACACCAAGUACGCACCUACCCUUGCUGAAGCUGGUGCAGGUGAUCAUCACCCUAUCUUUGACACCAAGGACUCCCCUGCUCUUGCCAUUGUUGUCGCAGGGUACUGUCACCUCUCUGAUCCUGAGCUUGACCAUUGCAAAGUACAGGCCUACAUGCAGACAUACAUGCACAUGACAGGGUUUCUUGAGGCAUGCUUCAAUGUUGCAGAUGUAAUUGGUCUUUGCACUGGUUGUGAGGAUAUCAGGUCUAAAGUCAAUGAAGGGUUUGAUGCUGCUAUCAAUGCUAGGUGCAUCAAGGCCCAGGAGCAGGGUGCACAAAUAGGUCACACAAUUGUCUGCUGCUUGGAAGCUCCAGCUGACUGUGUUGAUGCUGCCCUCAAGGGCAUGUACCACCUGUGGAAUCCUUGCGUUUCUCACAUCAUCAGUGUAUAA